AUUUUGAAGGAGGGUAGUUAAACGGAUCUCUAAUCAGCUGGUUUAUGUUGCUUAAGUCUACUGAAGUUCCGUAGUCUUCAAAAUGGGGGAUGAAUCUAUUGAAUGCCUGUCUAACGACUCGGGAGAUUCAUGGGAUAUCCUGAGUAAUUCUGAAUCUGAAAUGGAGCACGAUCCUUCAAGUCAACCACAAUCAAACCGUCUCAUCGUCUGUGCUAGUUGUGGCGAUUUAUUGUCUGAUGAGUUCCUUCAAUGCUUGUUAUGCAAGAGUUGCUACGUUUGUAUCAAGUGUAAAUCGAAAUCUCCUUUGGCUACAAAGUGCACAGAAGUUGGGGAACAUUCGUUUAUACCAACACUCAGGUUGUUAUCAUCUAAAGAUGUGUCUAAUUUAGAAAACUGUGAAUCAGAUAUUCUUAGUUUACCGGAAACUGAUAGCACUCCAUCAGUUCAUGAAGAUUACACUGAUAUAGACAACUGGAUGAAAAGCAGUUCAAAUACACAUUCGCUUACAUUAUCAGAUUUCAGUUCCAAUAAAGAAUAUGUCGAAGUUGAGGCUAUUCCAUCUAAUCCUACUACUGAUGAACAUCAAGAUAAGAAAUGUACAAAUCAAUUAUCACAAGGUGACAGCUCAGUUCUACAUGUUUUAUUACAAUUUUUACGAAAUAACAAUCAAUCGACAAUAGAACCAAGUUUAUACGACUCAAAAUUGUUGCUGCCAUCAACUUUAGAGUCACCUUUUCCAAAAACAUUUCAUCCGCACCAUACAACUGUUCAGAAUGUUUUACUAAAUAUGGAUGAUAGUUCAGCUUUUCAAUCAUGGUUCAAUUUGGGUAGUUCUUUGGGGAAUACACGUCGUAAACAAGAAAGUUUAUCUUCUAAUUCUUCAUCAUCGUCAUUAUCGUCGGAAUCUAGUCCUGAAAAUGUAUCACAACAUUAUGAUUCCUUUCCGUUAAUAACAACAUCACUUGCUGGUAUAACAAGUGGUCGCUUCACAAUUUCAUCAUCAUCACCACCAUUAACAGCAACAACAACACCAACGGCGUUGAAAAGAGAAUCACUCGUUGGAUCAUCUGGUGGUAAUAGCCCAAAUCGAUCAAGUUCCACUUCAGAUUUCUCACCUCAAUCGUCAGUCUGUUCCCUUUCAUCUUCACCAUUAGGAGCUGCUACUCAAUUCUUGAAAUCGGUUGUUAAAUAUUCUGCUGCAGCGUUGAAUAAUUUCGAUUUAUUGUCAUUAGAUCAAACAGAUGAUGUACCUACGGAUAAUUGGUCUAAACCUUUUGCUUCUAUUACUACUUCUAAUAAUAAUAAUGAUAAACAAAAUAUCCAAUAUAAUAAUUCAUCAAGUAAACAAACUUCCUCAUUAUCACCAUCAUUGUCAGUAUCAUCAACAUUUGGAUCACUAACACCAAGCUAUUUUCCAAAAUCUGUUAAUACCAAUAAUAAUAAUUGUAAUAUUAAUCAUACUAUUGGUAUUAAUACUGUUGUCAACUGCACAGAUAAUCAUAAUAAUAAACAAACUAUUUGGGAUAAUGAACGUUUACGUGAAGUCAUUAAUCUUAAACCAUUACCACCUACUAUAACUGAAACAUUUGCAUAUAAUUUACGUUAAAUUAAAUUAGUUCUUAUGAAGGAAGAAAAAAAAUACAACAACAACAACAACAACAACGGAAUGAUCAUUUGUUUAUUUCCUCUUUUCUGUUUAUUAUAAUAAACACAAAUACACAUUUACAUAUAUCUAUGCCUAUUUAUAAUUAAUUCAAUGAACAUUAAUUACCCCCUACUUACUUAUACCUGUUUCCUGCUUUUGUGAAGGAGCAUAGGCCACCACCUACCAGCAUUCUUCAUUCAACUGGUGAACAUUGAUAGGCUUGUUUUUUUUGUGUGUGUUUUGUUCUUUGCAUCAAAUAUACUAUACAAUUUAAACUUUAAUACACAUUUAAACAAUCAUAGAUACAUGUGUAUUUAGGGUGUUACAUGUGAUCUAUAUGGGUUAGGUUUAUUUUUUGUAAUAUUCAACUAAUCAUUAUAUUGAUUUAUAAGUAAUAUCUAUACAUAUAUCCAUUUGUGAAAUUCAACUGUUUGUUACGUCAUAUUCAUGAUGAUGAUGAUGAUGAUGAUGGUGAGGAGGAGGAGGAGGAUAUGUUUAUGGAACAUUCAUAAAUGUUAUUCCUUUGUAUAUUGUUUCCGUUUAUUGAUCCAUAUAACAACAUUUCUUUUGGUGGUUAUCAUAAAAAGAGAUUGUUGUCAAUAUUAAUGUUGAAAUUUUGAUGGGAGUGGGGAGUUAUUAUUUUAUCCAUCAAUAUCUUUCUUAUCCAUUGAUUUUUGUAUUAUAAAACUAACCAUUGACAUGAUGGAGAUGUUUGUUAUUUACUCUUUAUAAUAUUUUAUGUAAUCAUAUUCAUGAUUAUUGUCCAAGAUUUUUUUUUGUUUUUGUUUUUUUCUCUUUGUUUUUCAAAAAAACAAGAAAAUUUUUCAUUUGUACAUUAUUAUUCUUUCAUGUUGACUUGGUUGAGUCUGGAAUUGUUGUUUCCCUUUUUUUUGUGAUAAAUUAUAAUUAAUUAAUU